AUGAGCUUUAUAAGCACCAGUAGUCCAGUGCUGAUUUAUGUUCAUUUAACCUACCCACAUAGAUCUGGAAGAGAUCCCUAUGGAGAUUCUGCGGUAGGGUGGGUUCAAGUCCAAAGAAUCCAAAAUAUUUGCACGGUGAAGGCUAAAAUAACACCAGAACAUAAUGUAAAAAAGAAGCAGUAUGCAGUAACUUGCGUCAUUAAUGAGAUUGCUGAGAAGGUUUUGGACCUUCAGUGUCAUGAUUGUGCUGCUUCAUUAGGUGGAUGUAAACAUGUCAUUGCCUUUUUAAUGUGGCUUCAUAGAAGAAGCGAGGAGCCCUCUCCGACAGAAGUGGCUUGCUGCUGGGCCAAGAGCAAGUUAUCCAAAGUUGGGAGCUCAAUAAAGUUUUUAACUCUUCGGGAUCUUGGAGCUGAAGAGGAACUGAGUUUUGACGACGAAGGCUUACUUUUUCUCCAAGAAGUUGUUAAGAAAGGUACAGAAAAUACUUCGAACAGUCAGCUUUUGAAGUAUUUUGUCCUUAACGGCAUCAACGAACACCUGGGGCUAUAUCAACUUCUAUUGAAAUUUGUUGAAAGUCCAAGAGGGACACAGGAGGGACAUCUGAUUGCACAGAAUUUCUUAAUUUCUGCUCCCAGCAAAUGA